CCGCACCCGCGCCGGCUGGGAGGCAAAGAUCUCACCUGGAUAUUAGAUCUCGACAUGCUGCCGCCCUGGUCCCUGAACACCUAAUCCUCCACCCGCACCUGCGACGUCGCUAAGCACAUAUAAGCAAUAAACAACCCUCGCUGCCAUGGCCUGAUGGCAUAGGUCCCCUGUCACCACCCACUGGGCAUCUUGACAUCCACCCACCUUGAGUUCAAGAGCCAAAUAAUACCAUCAACCCUCCUCAUCCCCUCCCCUCCCUCCCCCCCUCAUCAUCCACCCCAAGACACACAAUCUCCACAAUGUCGAGCCCAGACCCCAAGCCCGCCGACCUCCACGCCCAGCUCUUCCACGAGGGGCUCGAGGUCCGCCGCGCCGUCCUCGGCCGCGAGUACGUCGACAACGCCGUCAGGACCGCGACGCCCUUCACGCGGCCGGGCCAGGAGCUCAUCACCGAGUGGGCGUGGGGCACGGUCUGGCGGCGGCCGGGGCUGGACCGCAAGCAGCGCAGCCUGCUGAACCUCGGGAUCAUCAUCGCCCAGAGGGCGUGGCUCGAGCUCGCGCUGCACACGCGCGGCGCCAUCAACAACGGCCUCACCGAGGUCGAGAUCCGCGAGGCCGUGCUGCAGGCGACGGUCUACUGCGGCACGCCCGCGGGCGUCGAGGCGAUGCAGGUCACCGAGAAGACGAUCAACGAGAUGGUCGCGGGCGGCGAGUACAAGCGGCCGGAGGCGUGAGGUUGGUCUGGUCGUGGUCUAUGUGUACUUGGGGGUUCGGUUUGUAGCGUCACACUUUUGUAUGUAGAGGCAGUAGUCUUGGCAAGGGAAGUUUUUCACAGGUAUUGCGGGUUCAUGCCUUCACUGGGUGGAGGAGAUUGGGACUUGGAGGUGGAAAAACGUUCUGAGGCUGUAAGAAAUGCAGAACUGCAGGGAUG